UGGAUCGAGUAGGGUACUAGCACAAAUUUACCAAAGUUACUACGUCGGCUAAAUUGGAGCAACAUGUUUCCAUCGAAGUUUAUUUGCUGGACUGUAUUGUGUUUCUUAUCUGUCAGAAAUGGAGAAUGCGACAAGAUCGUUGGUGGAUACGAAGCCAGACCUCAUUCAGCUCCGUAUAUCGCACAUCUUGAUCGGUAUUCGUCAUAUUUCUGCUGCGGAACUCUGAUUCACGAGUCGUGGGUUUUAUCGGCUGCACAUUGUCAUUACGAACCAGAUCAAUUCAAAGUCAUCAUCGGCGACCACGACCGAAGCAUUGUUGAAGGCACAGAACAGACAAUCCAGGCAAUCCUGGCUCUGAAUCACGAAUUAUACAAUCCAAUGAUAACAGAUAAUGACGUCAUGAUGGUAAAACUCGAGAAACCAGCCAUAUUCAACCAGUACGUCCAACUAGCGCUUUUACCAACUUCAGAAAUUGGCAGCGGAAUUGAAUGCUUGGCUUGUGGAUGGGGGUAUACGGACUACACAUCUAAUACUCUUCCAGACCGCUUACAAUGUGUCGAAGUCUUUACGGUCAGUAAUACAGAGUGCAACUAUAUGUAUGGAGGAGAGGUAAAGGAGACAAUGUUGUGCGCUGAAAGCGCGGGCAAAGAUGCAUGCAAUGGCGAUUCCGGUGGACCUUUGAUGUGCGGUAACCUUCUGCACGGGGUGACAUCCACAGGUUUUGGUUGCGCUUAUCCACAUUUCCCUGGAAUAUACGCCAGAGUUACAGAGUUCACAUCAUGGAUUCAGAUGGUUAUGGAAUACAAUUAA